AUGGUGUCUAGAUCUACAAAAGAGGUGUUAGCACCUAAACUAAGUCAAAGAAGAAAUUCUAAGGAGAAGGAAGAUGUUGUAAAACAAAAUGAAGAUGAUGCAGAGAAGAAUAAAAGAGUGACAUCAGAGU